AUGCGCUGCGUUAUGGCUUUCUUUACGAUUUGGGCAAUCCUUGCUACUAUCACUGAUUAUAUUCUGGAUACAUAUUACAAGGAUAAAGUAUAUGGUACAGGAAUGCGCGUGUUUCUUGCCUAUUCGAUAUAUACUAACGGCUCCGAACUUAUGGGCGUGAAUCCUUAUAAGAAAGGGACCAUCAAAUCAUUAGCAUCAAUUCGAUUUCUCUCAAUGACAUGGGUUGUAGCAGGUCAUGUACUUAUGGAUGCUACAGCCAGCGAUACACUAGGAGCCUUAUUGAUAAUAUUUAACCCUUUCUAUCAACUACGAUCUUAA